ACUCCCACCAAGUCACCUGUUUUUUUCAUCCAUCUCUCACAACACGCACAACAAUGAUUAAGCUUGAUCAUCUCCUCGUCGCAAUGUUCGGGGUUCUCCUCGUCCUUAAUGGCUGUCUCGCGAGGCAGUCUCUAGGGGUUCCUCCUCAGCUGCGAAACGAGUGUAACCUCGAUAACUUAGACGUUCUCCAAGCCACCGAAACUAUCAAGAGUGAGGCUGGUCAAAUCGAAUACUGGGAUCACAACCACCCUCAAAUCCGAUGUGCUGGUGUCUCUGUCUCUCGUCUUGUAAUCGAGCAAGGCGGUCUUUACCUUCCUACCUUUUUUAGCUCCCCAAAAAUUUCCUACGUCGUUCAAGGAAUGGGUAUUAGCGGAAGAGUGAUCCCUGGAUGUGCCGAGACCUUCAUGGACUCGCAGCCUAUGCAAGGACAACAACAAGGACAGGGACAGCAAGGGCAACAGGGACAGGAAGGGCAACAGGGACAGCAAGGGCAACAGCAGCAGCAAGGACAGCAAGGGUUCCGUGACAUGCACCAGAAGGUGGAACAUGUCCGACAUGGAGACGUCAUUGCCAUCACUCCAGGCUCUGCCCAUUGGAUCUACAACACCGGAGACCAGCCACUUGUUAUCAUCUCCCUUCUCGACAUUGCCAACUACCAAAACCAACUUGACCGCAACCCAAGAGUAUUCCGUUUGGCCGGAAGCAAUCCACAAGGCGGUUUUGGUGGUCCUCAGCAACAACAACCGCAACAGAACAUGUUGAACGGGUUCGACCCUCAGGUCCUAGCUCAAGCACUGAAGAUCGACGUUAGGUUGGCUGAGGAGCUUCAGAACAAACAAGACAACAGAGGAAACAUUGUUCGUGUUAGGGGACCUUUCCAGGUUGCUAGGCCACCUCUAAGACAGUCCUACGAGAGCGAGAAGUGGAGACACCCACGUGGCCCACCACAAAGCCCACAAGACAACGGCUUGGAGGAGACUAUCUGCAGCAUGAGGACACACGAGAACAUUGACGACCCAGCUCGUGCUGACGUGUACAAGCCCAACCUCGGUCGUGUGACCAGCGUUAACAGCUUGACCUUGCCCAUCUUGCAGUUUGUCAGACUCAGUGCCACCCGUGGCAUUAUCCAGGGUAAUGCAAUGGUGCUUCCGAAAUACAACAUGAACGCGAACGAGAUCUUGUACUGCACUAGAGGACAAGCAAGGAUCCAAGUGGUGAACGACAACGGACAGAACGUGUUGGACCAACAGGUUCAAAAGGGACAGCUCGUGGUUAUCCCACAAGGAUUCGCAUACGUUGUCCAGUCUCAAAACAAUUUCGAAUGGAUUUCUUUCAAGACAAACGCUAACGCGAUGAUCAGCACUUUGGCUGGUCGAACAUCAGCUCUGAGGGCAUUGCCACUAGAGGUACUAACCAAUGCUUACCAGAUAUCUCUCGAGGAAGCUAGAAGGAUCAAAUUCAACACGCUCGAGACCACCUUGACUCAUGCGCGCAGUGGGCAACAACAGUUGAUCGAUCAGAUAGUCGAGGCUUAAGUUAAAAGUUAAAACGUUUUUGUUUUAGUAAAAUAAUAAAGUAGUGACAUGGUUACUAUUGUAAUGGUCAGAUUGUAAUCAUGCCCACUUAAGGUUUUAAUGUAUGUGUAAAAUAUGCGUCUAAUGAACACACCGGACGUCACUUGUAUGUAACCCUUUCUUCUCAUAAAUAAAAGGGGAGUUUCGA